AUGGCCCGGCGGUCUAGGGAUUUUGCACUGCUUCGAGGCGCAGAGAAUCUGGCCGCUGCAGAGGUCGAGGCGGCCACAGCUGGGCAGCCUUUUGUUCUCGAAGCUGAAACCAACAGCUUUCUCUUCCAAGGCAAAGUAAUCGGUUUCAACGCUUUCUCAAUGCUGAACCACGCCUGUGCGGCCAGCAUGGAGGAGAAUGUUUGCUUUUCCAUCCUCAGCACUGGAGACCGUCCCAUUGACGAUGACCUCGAAGUGAAGCUGAUUGCCAUUCGUGACAUUCAGGCUGGAGAGCCCUUGCGACUGUCCUAUCACGAGCUUUUUGCCGAACCACAAGCCAGAGAACAGCGCAUCCGCUCCCACUGCGGGGGCAGCUGCGGAUGUUCUCGCUGUCACUUGGAAGCAGAUGACAAGAUUCUUGCAGAAGUCGGGUUGCAACUGCUGCUGGAAAGACCUUAUCCCCGGUGUCAAACUUGCAACAAUGCCGCUAUGUCCACACUGCAUCCAGAUGACCUUGUUCAAGUGCUUCGCCACAACGAGUUGGCUGGGGCAAUAGGAAUUGUGCAGGAGGUGCAUCAAGGGUCGAUCCGUGUCAAAACCAUCCUGCGCGGAUGUCUGCAUGAAAGUCGGCAUUCGCAGGACUGCUUGCGCUGCCUGAGGGCAGCUACGGACCUGCAGAAGUGCAGCGGAUGCAAGGUUGUGUACUUCUGUUCACGUUCAUGCCAGCGGCAGGGAUGGCAAGCGCACCGAAGUUUUUGUGGCACUUCUGCAGGGCUUAACAGUUGGGUAUCUGAGAGGGCGACGCUCCAAGAGCUCCGGGGACACUUCGAGGAUCCCGCGGCUCGACAAAGCGCAUCAGCCGAGGAGCUGCUUUCUGCGUUCCGACGGUUCCAGCAUUUCAUAGACAAAUGGACACAGGCUGGAAGGCUUCCUCAUUUGGUUCCUGGUCACUAUGCCAUCCAGGAAUCACUGCUUGUUGCCAUUCCCAUAGGAUCUCUGUUGCUGUGGAAGUCUGCAUCGUUGGCAUCCGAUGUGAAAGUGGAAAUAUACCAGCGUUUGGUCAAGAUGGUAUCCAUGCAUGUACGGCAUGUGCAACUGCUAGUUCCCAGAUUUCAUAUCGCCCACUGGACUGCCCUCCACUAUGUGCUAGGCAUCUUGCUUGCAAAAGAUCUGGUAGGAACAUCCCACAAUACCUCGACAGCCUCGUUAGCCAGUUUGUUCGAAAGCAAUUUGGAUGUGGCAAAAGUUUUUGAUGCGCACGCUGCCAAAAGUUACACAGAGCUGAAGCAGCAGCUGCAGGGGAAUUCGCACUCACAAGGAUCUCAAGCGUUUCAGGAGAUCACGAAUGAUCCUGCAAAAUUGGCUGCUUUUUACCGCAUCGAUCCAGAGCUACCCGUGGAACAAAAAAUGGCGAAAAUGGCAGAGCUUCUCGCACGAACUGAACUGACGGCGGACAAGCCAGCUCGGCAGCAGAAGGUGUUGCCCGCAAAGGUGCAGAUGCAGCCAAAGACUUUGGAUGCCCGUGCGCCGCAGGCUGGCAUGGCUGGCUUGGAUACAAUGGAUUGA